AUAGUAGUGUAUUAAAAGUAUGUUAUUAUGAAAGUCUUGUUAAUAUUAUUGUGUUUAUAUUGUUGUAAUUGGUUUUAAGUGAGACUAUAGUCUUAACAACGAAUGCAGGUGGAAUUUCCAAAUAAUCUGUUGCCUUAAGGUAAAAUCCAGGGCAAAAUUGUGAUAAAAUGUCUUCCGACUGGACUCCAAAAGUAGCAGUAGCUCAACCUAACAGCGAGAAAACGCUAACGAAUGACAACAAGCAAACACCAUCCUGUGGACCAAAAUGAGCUGUACAACUCCAGAGGCAAAGGGUCUCGACCCGGCUGUGCUGGGAGAGCAGCUCUUCCAUCUGUGGAGCUGCUUGGAUCUGAAGACGCUACAUUUGGCAGCCCAGAAGGGGUUUUCAGACCUCCAAAAUGAUCCCCUGGAGGCCUUCCUAACAAUCCUGGAGAGCUGUCCGGGCAAACAGAAGGGGCGGAGCCACACCUUGGGGGCCCACAUCCUCAAGGAAUUCCAGAGCUGGCUGAAGGAACAUCCUCAGGUCCAAGAGAGUACCUGCAGGCCGUUUCACAUCAUGCACCUCUGUCCUCUACUCACAAUGUCUACCCUUUAUAUCCAUACCCCGGAAAAUACAUUAACCCGCUUUCUUUUUUUUUUGUUUACAUUUGAUGUAUUUAUUCUUCAUUUGUUUAUAUUUCUUUUGCAGCCCAUUUCUAUUUGUUUUCCUGCACCACAGGUUACCCUGAGUUCACUUCCAAAGCAGCAAGCAACAGCCCUCCAGCAUCGGGCUCUUCAUCUUCUCACUGACACCCAGACCAGCUUUGUGGAGGGUCUCAUAAAUACCUACCAGCUGACCACCCUGCAGCCCGCCACCCUGCGGCUGCACGUCAUGAGGCUGCUUUCGCUGAAAUGCUACAAAGAGGCGGCGGUGCUGGGCGCAAAGCUGAACUUGCACAAUGAGCUGAAUCUGGAGGAGGUAUGCGUCCCGCUUAUCGUUCAGGACAAGCUGGCCCUGGCGGAGAACUACGUCGCGGGGCACGAUCAUCUUGAACGGCAGCUUGUGGCCCUGCUUGACUCCUGGUGUCACCCCUGCUUCUCUGUGGAAGACAUGAUCACGAAGCGCUUUCCCCAGCUUUCCAUGUCCAAGCGCUGCCUGAGUCAGAUCCAGCCCAAAAUGCUGAAGAAGCACAUCUUGCGACUUGCGGAGAAAUUUAACAUCGAUCAGGGGCUGUGUCCCAAUGCCCUGCACAAGAGGAGGCAGGACACACUUCGAUUCCUCAUGUACAAGAGGUUUGUGGAGAACAGCAUGAGCGAUGAGAAUUGGGCCGACCACGUGGAGGCCGUAGUGGCGGACGACCCAGAGCUCCAGAUCCAGCUGGUGGAGAUGUUGGUGAAGCAUGGACUUGAAAAAUCGGCCCAGUGGUCCCUGAAAUACAGCAUCCCCAAGCACAGGCUCCCCUUUGGGGUGUGGGAGGCCCAGGAGAGUUUAGGGCCCCAACUGCUACAUGCCAGCCAUUCUGCCCAAAGCGAAGAGUGGACCCAGUCUGAGGAUCACUGUCAGAUGUUCUACCAGGUGCCGAUUACCAAAGACAAGGUCCAACACGUGGACACGCUGGAAGCGCUUCAAGGUUGCCGCAACGCUCUCCUCAGGGAGGGUGCUGUUGUCGGGGUGGACAUGGAGUGGCAGGCCAACUUUGGCUGUGUCGUCACCCAGCAUGUUGCCCUCAUACAGCUGGCUACGUUUGACACGGUGUUCCUGUUAGAUCUGUGCGCCCAGGGCUUCUGUCAGCAUCCGGACACCAUCAGCUUCAUCAGGAGUUUUUUCUCCGCCCGAAACGUCCUCAAGCUGGGUUACGGCAUGGCGGGAGAUCUCAAGUGUCUCAGGUCGACCUGGCCCCAGUUUGUAGACGAGCCACUGAAAAUGGAGGGCAUGCUCGACCUACUUAAUAUACACCUGAAGAUCCAGCAUGGGAAGGCCAAUUGCCAUUGGGAGAGGACUCUGCAGAGGAAAGGCCUCAGUCUUCUGGUGCUCCAGGUCCUGGGAAAACCCCUGGACAAGACCGAGCAGAUGUCCAACUGGGAGAAGCGGCCGCUGCGUGUCAGCCAAAUCAGAUAUGCAGUGACGGAUGCCUACUGUUUGCUUGACGUCUACUCUGUUCUCUCGCGUAACCCCGCCGACUUUGGGCUGCCGGAGGAUCUGCGCAGCGUCUCCGCGAGCCAGCCGGAGGGAAUGAAGAACGGCGAAGCGAAACAGAAGAAUAAAAAGUACAAGCAGCAGAUGCAACCCAGCGGCGAAGAGGAAUGUCAGGGGGCUCAAUGGGUCAGUCCCCCUUGCUCAGACACUGAGAAAGGCCUCCUGUGUGGCACGAAGCCCCCUGAAGAUUGCCCCCCUUCUCCCCCACGCCCCCCACCUCUGCACCCCCAGCAGUUGCGGGUGGUGUGCGACAACAUGCUGCAAGGCCUUGGGAGGUACUUACGCUGCCUUGGAGUGGACGUGGUCAUGUUGGAGAAUAACGAUGAUCACAGGGAGGCUGCAAAGUUAGCACAAGCCGAAGGCCGUGUCAUCCUCACAUGCGGACUUCCGUUCCAGACUUUGCGGUCCCAGGUGGGCGAGGGCCGCUGUCUGUCCCUGAACUGCUCGGAGAAGGCCAGGGACCAGGCUGUACGAGUGCUCAGACACUUCAAUGUGCAGCCUACGCCUGAUGAUAUAUUCAGUCGCUGCCAGGCUUGCAACAGUGAUCAAUAUGUGGCCCUGCCCAGACACGACAUGAUCAGGAUGCUUAAACAGAAAGGAUUUCUGCAAGACGACGACGCUUCCCCCACGUUGCCGGAGGACGAGCCGCUCGAUGACAGCCAGGAUCUCCCCAGGUACGCCCCUCAGUGUCACUGGGCCUCCCUGUCCGACCUGGACCCUUUCACACUGAGCUUCCCUGGUGGGGCGCCCAUACAGCUGCACACCGUGCCGCCCACGCUGGUGCCCAGGGUGCCGCACUACUACGUGUGCACCCGGUGCGGCAAGGUGUUCUGGGAGGGUUCCCACUUUGAACGGGUGCUGUCCAUGUUCCAGGAGGUAUUGCACGUGACGGAAUGAAGCGGUAACGGUUAGUAGUUAUUAUUAGUUCAUCACGUGGUUCGAUCGUUAUGAAGUGUGCAUUUUCCCACACUUAUGGACAAAGCCAUCACAACGUUAGCUAACUGUACUUUGAUUGUAAACAGAACAGCAAAAGACCAUCCAACUACAAGGGUCUUGUCAGUAUCAUUUUUUUAAAUUGUCUUUUAUUUGGCAAGCUGCGCAAAGGCAGCGAUAAAGCAAACUGCAAAGUAAAAUAUAUGUUAAUAAAGUUAUGCUUUUCCUAUAAAAUUCAGAAUGACCCGCUGCUGUGUUCUGAAUCCAAAAAAAACCAAAAAGCCGCACAGGUGUAACAUGAAAGCAAAGCCUAAGCCAACAAAUUCCUUCACAUUUGGUUUCCUCUCCUCCCAAAUCCUGCACUGGCUUUACCUUGAAGGUUUUAAGAGCUCCACAUGGGUUUCUUCCACUUGUAAAGUCCAACCAGCCUUAACGCUUGGCAGAUGUCCGCUGUAUGAUUUUAUGAUGUAAAAAGCCACAGUGGUUUCCCCAAGGCAGGUCGUCACUGAUGUCAGCGUUGGGAAUCAAAAACAAAUUUUUCUGUGUCUGCCGACUUUCCAUUGAAUGCGUCUGAACUGUCACUUGACUCCACGUUACUAAUUGCGUAAUUUUCAACCGCAGAAUUGCGGCUUUUGUCGGGGGUGGAUGAAAUGUUACACCAUGUUAAACCAACAAGUUAUCCGUCAGCACUUUGCAACUUGGGAGGGGGUACUCUGUCUGGGAAAUUGAACAUUGAUCUUCACAAGAAAUGGACAAAGGAGAUCAAGUCCAGGUCUGACAUGUUCUUAACACGACUGACAAUAGUGGCUGGGAUUGUAGGAUCAGUACGCUAUUCAAGAACCGCUCUUCAGAUGCUUCUUAUUGUGUCGCUUUCUGGGUCGUGGGAAUACCUGAUAUCUGGGAGCUUACCUAAUGAGUGGACUCACCCAAGAUAGGACGUUUGUCGAAGAUUUGAAAUUACUUGGAGUUCCACACAAAUAACUGUGGACUUCCUAAAACACAAGGACAUGGAACUUGCAGCAAUGAUUUGAAACUUGGACCAAAACCUUGGCCUCAUUUGGGAUUGGAUUUUGGAUUUUCCGGUAUCAUGGUAGUGCAUGAUUUUUGAGACUUGCACCAACUUUUUUCAGAACAGGGGUACUUUACUACCUGGAGACUUCGAAUUGGACCAAAAACUUUGAAUUUGCUUUUAGGACAGUGAUUUACCAACUGAAUUGUACCAAAUUAUGGGCCUUUUUUCAGACUUAACUGAGGACAGGCCAGACAUUAAGUCCAUAAGAUGUGUGGACAUUGGAUUUCUGGUGCAGUUUUAACGUAUCUGUGUUUUUUUGGUCUUUUCUUAAGCACUACUUGGACUUUUGAACUCGAUACAAGAGACUUCAGAACUUGUAGACAUGGGCCAAUUUAUUGGCAUUGAUGAAUUUGGGCUUUCUGGAGCCUAAAGACCAAACCACUAAAUAAUUCGGACUUGCUUUGGGGCAGUCAUUUAGGACCUGAAUUUAAAAAAUGACCCUGGGACAUGCAGAUAUUUAGUCCGGAGGACCUUGCACUUGCAUGACACUCGGAACAAAUGACUUCAGACUGUUGCAGGUCAUUUCUUGAGAUCAAGGGCUUUCUGCAGACUAAAGACCAAAUCUGAGUACUUGAUUCGGGACGUGAUUUAGAUCAAGACUUGACCAGUUGACAUGACGACAUGCUAGAGACUUAGUCCAGCUUGACUUUCCUUGAGUCUUGAUGCAUGAAGGAUUUGUGGUCCAUUUUAUUCAUGUAUCAAAUGUGUUUUUGUGUCUUUUUGAGACUUUUGAUUUGUUUGACACUCGAAAAAUUUUAGGCUAUUUCUUAGGACGGUGGAUUUGGGACUUUCUGGAGACCGAAGACCAUUAAUUCAUUCAUUUUCUACCGCUUUUUCCUCACGAGGGUCGCGGGGGUGCUGGAGCCUAUCCCAGCUGUCUUCGGGCGAGAGGCCGGGUACACCCUGGAAUGGUCGCCAGCCAAUCACAGGGCACAUAUAGACAACAACCAUUCACACUCACAUAUGGACAAUUUGGAGUCGCCAAUUAACCUAGCAUGUUUUUUGGAAUGUGGGAGGAAACCGGAGUACCCGGAGAAAACCCACGCAUGCACGGGGAGAACAUGCAAACUCCACACAGAGAUGGCUGAGGGUGCAAUCGAACCCUGGUCCUCCUAGCUGUGAGGUCUGCGCGCUAACCACUAGACCGCCGUGCCACCCGACUGAAGACCAAAUCAUGAAAAACUUGUGAAUUUAUUAGGAUAGUGUUUUGGUUCUUGGGUGAUACUACCCAACAACAAGGACUUGAGUAUUCUGAGUAUACUGUACUGUACAUACAGUACCAUUCUACAGUGUGGACACACCUUGCCACCCAGUUGCCUGCCUGGGAAAGUGGGUCCAAACUUUGAUUGGCGCUGUACAGUAUUGCUAUGGAGUACAGUAUUAGCAAAUGAUUUCCCAUGACAAAAUUCUAUUCUUUUCAGUUUUAAUUUUUACCCGAGUUCCCGACUGAUAACGUUGUAAUUCCAAGGUUUAGGCUAACGAUUGCGGUUUGCCAGACUUUUUUUUGUAGCUUAGGACCCAAAUGAGGUCUUCCAUUCAUCCCUAGUUCCCAAUCUUGCUAAAGUACCAUGCCCUAACUAUACUGGAACUACUUUUCUGUCAAGCACCUAUUUUCUUUUGCGCUUUUUCUACAAAAAAAAACAAAUCCUAAUGAUGUUUUUUUUCCAAUUCUGGUGCAGAUAGCUGACACCCUAUCUCCAAAAAAGGCACCUCUUUAUGUGAAAGGGUUUGGUCCGGGUGGUCGCAGCCCUCAUCCACGCCUUCCUAUGCCUUUAAAGUGAACCGCAGCCUCUUGCUGACUUUUUUUAAGUUUGCGCCCUGAUAGUGAAGCCUCUGCCUUUGCGGCCGCUCUGCCGCUCCUCCACUGACUGAGCGGCAUCGCUGCUGCGACGCCAUGUUAUUUGAUCCUUGCUCUUUCUUUGCUGGGAAGAAAAGCUCGCCUCUUUCCCACGCUCCGAGGACACGUGGUGUCCGGAAUGAAUUGGAUGCAGAAGGCCCUCCCUCCCUGGUACCACGUCACCACCCCUCUCUCUCUCUCUUCUCUCUCUCUCUUUCUCUCUGUGUUACUACACACACUUUUCCAGCAGGAAUGCAGGCAUUGUCAAUGAGAUUUUUUUUUAAAUGGACAUAUUUACGUGCGUUUUCCUGAAUGCACACCCUCUCCCGGGACCUCCUUCUGUCUUUCCAUGCGUGUCCCGGCGCCAAAGCUCGGCCUUGUGCACCGAUCCGCCGUCCGUCACCUCCACUCCAGGCUCUUUGUUCACGCACUGGGAAAAAAAAAAAAGCCUAUCUUGUUUAUCGCCGCAAUGCGAUAGAAUGGAGACACAAAUGGAACACAUUUACAGUAUGUGUGACCAUUCUAAAACUUUGCUUUGAUAGCUCUGAUAAUUCAUUUAAUAACCGAUCUGUCUUCCAACUGUAUUGUUUCUGGCUUUGGCCGCUUCCCUGAGAAUUAUUUGAAACAAUUAAGCGCAAAAAAUACCGAAACAUUUUGCUCCUGUGGUCUGCCCAAAUGUUUUGAUCACGGACAGAUGUUCUUGAUUUAACGCAACUUCAACACCGCUCACCGAGAGAGAGAGAGAGAAACACAGGCAUAAACACAUGUAGAUCCAAAUCCCAGUGACACACAAACCAUGAGCCGCAUUCCAACUACAAAGCACGGCGCUCUCGCAGGUCAGCGACGACGGCAGAAAAAAAAAACAAAAAACCCAACACACAUCUGUUUCUGAACACGCAACAUAAAAAGAUCUCAGUGCAUUGGUCGGAAUGAGUCAGAGCUUUGUUUGUCCCA